UCUUUUUCGACGGAUAUCCUAAUUUUUAUUGCAAUUUGCGAUUUGUUAUGCCGCGCGUUGUCAUGGUUAAAUUGAUCAUGACGUGUCGUCGCUCCGGCACUCGUCAUUUCGUGCCAAGACUUCGAAAUUGCGAGACGAAGACGUUGAUUUGUUUUCCUUUUUUGCGGCAAUUCGAUGAACGAUGGCAAUCUGAUUGAAUCGACGGACUCGUCGAUGAGAUAAUUAAAGGUCAAUUGAUUGAUCGAAUCCACGAUGACGUUGGCGCUGUCAAGAAUUGAUUAUACGACAGUGGGAGUUACCUCACGUGGCACGACUAUCAUAUUUCCACCUAAUGAACCGACGAAGCAACCGCAAAAAUUCGCCGUUGCCGAUCACGAUGGCGUGCUUCACAUUUAUGGUAUGAAAAAAGGAGAGCUGCAAUUGUCGUUUAAAUCCUUGCCCGGCCCAAAGAUUCACAAAAUGGUCCUUGGUGGCUCGAUAGGUAUGUUGAGGGAUAAGAUCUUCAUUGCAUACGGCAGCUCCGUGAAGGGAUACACAAGAAAGGGCAAACUGUUCUUAGAGUUCGAUACCAGCCUUAUAGAUCCGAUUUCCGCGAUGUAUGUCCUCGGUCCCGAUCUCGCGGCAUGCGCACGCGAUCUUUAUCACAGAUACAGAGACUGCAAAGAUGCUGAUUCAUAUCUGGCCGGGGAAACGUUGCACGACGUCGUGCUCUUGCCCGGGGAUGGCAACGUGGUGUACGCUAUUCUCGCCUGUGCGGAUUGCGCGGUACGCGUUUUGUAUGGCACAAGAAGUCCGACAGUCUUGAGAUUGCCGAGCACACCUAUGGUGCUUUCUGUAUAUAGGGAAGGAGAGAUAUAUUCGAGAGACCGCGUGUUAGUCGGCACCGUGGACGGUAAAGUCGGACUGCUGAUCCUCCAAGGUAACAAAACUCUUCGAAUCACUUGGCUGCUAACUUCGACUGGUUCAGGGAUCACGUCGUUGGAUACUCAUGAGUUACAAGACGGCAUAGACAUUCUCGUUGGUCGACAAGACGGAGUCGUCGAGGUGUAUACAUUCCCCGAUGAGGACGUAUCAUCCACCCUGCGUUAUCACUACAAUGCCGGCGAAAGUAUCAGUACAGUCGUGGGCGGGAUAAUCGGCGUCGCCAAUUAUCCCGAGGUCCUCGUUACGACUUACUCAGGCCGAAUAUUCGGCCUGACUACUAGUCCUCCUGGUUUAUUAGAAGCUGGACAGAGUGACAUCGGAUUGGCCAGAUUGAAGCUGGAAAUACAACAACUGCAGGAAAAGAUCAAUGAGGAAAAGGAAUCAGCUAAUUUCAUGCCGGAUCCCUUAGCAUCUUCGAUUCUAUCAGUGAAUCACAAGAUGAUGUUGCAUAAAGAAGACGCUUCAUAUUCCUUGUCCGUAGAGUUGGACGCGUCGAUCGACAAUAUCUUAAUACAAUCGGAUACGCCUAUCGAUCUGUUGGAGACAGAAAACAAUAGCGCGGUAGUCAGCCUAUCUGCUUGCGAUCCUAGAGAGGGCAAUUUCGUCCUUGCUACUUAUCGAUGUCAAAUCAAUACGAAUCGUCUAGAAAUGCGACUGAGAUCCAUCGAAGGUCAGCCGGGUACCUUACAGAUCUACGUAACAUCCCAGGUACAACCGAAACGCUGUCGUAAAAUCUUGGUUCCUAUUUACGCCUUGUCUCUACACGUCAGGCAGCACGAAGAUAAUGAUGCCAUGCAGUCUAGUGGUCCGUUUAAUGAAUUGAAAUUGAAUGGCAACUUCACGAUCGCUGAGAUGCAUGCGUGGCUUUCUUUAGCAUUACCAGACGUGCCCGAGAGACCUCAUAUUCGCGAGGGCGAAGCUGUUUUAGUGUACAUCUCAUCCUUCAUUGGGACGGUUCUCAAAUGCAAAUACAAGAAAGGCAGCGCACUUUUUCUUGGCGAGAACAUAUCCAGCAUCAUAAUUCUCAGAGACAUUUUAACGAAAGAAGCGACGAAACGAAAGAUAAAGUUAGAUGUAUUUUGCGAAGUAGCGGAAGGAAGUAUAUCUAGAGUUUUGGAAUUGAUUCUUCCACGAUUGAACGCAGCCUCCGAGUUAAUUCAAAAGAUAAAAAUUCUGGACGCUCUUGAAGAGUUGGAACUCGAAUCCAAUCCGAAAGAGAAUUUAUGUUCCGAAUAUCAAGAGUUGUUGGAGAAAGAAACGGAGAUCAGAUCACUUAUGGCAAAAGACACCGAAAUCCUAAAUAGAUUGCACGCUAUCAUUACCGACUUAUAUGUAGAUUGGGAACGAGCAAAGCGAUCUCGAAGGAUCAGUGGCAAGGAAGCUACAGCAAAGUUAAAAGAAGCCCUUGAAUCCAGAGAUUUAGCUACUAUCCUGCAAGUUUUCAUCGGUAAAACCGACACAAGCAUGCCGACUCUGAUACCCGCAGCAAUUUAAAUGUUCGGAGAGUGAAAUGAAGUGGACCAAUAUAUUUCUAUAAACACAUUCAAGUAAAAAUAUAUUU